AUGCAUCCAGAUCGAGUCUGUAGCCUGGAGUUGGGUUCCUCAGCGAUUCUUUCGGCCUCCUCCAAAGAGUCGGCACACCCUCUGCCUGAGCACUGGCUCUACACUAGUCAAAAUGGGCCGGAGGCAGUCGGGGAGAGGACCUCUGCAAGCCUCGCCACCCUCACCGCUGUGCCCACGGCCUUGUCGCUAAAAGGCCUUGACAGCAACAAUGUCUCCGGUCCGAGUACGCCAUUGGCGACUUCACCAACGGGAGGAUUUGCUGAACGCCGGACCUCAAAA